AUGGAGGCACUGAUGGGGAAGUCCGCCGCCGGAGUAAGCGCUCGGCUGCUGCCGGAGUACGAGUUCGCGGAGCCUUCGAGGGGCUCCUCCGCCACCGUCUCGGGCGCAGUGUUCAACCUGUCGACGACCAUCAUCGGCGCCGGAAUCAUGUCGAUUCCGGCGACGCUGAAGGUUCUCGGCGUUGGCCCGGCGGUGGCCCUGAUCCUGGCGGUGGCGCUUCUGUGCGACGUCUCCGUGGAGAUCCUCCUUCGGCACAACAACUCCGGCGAGGCCAUGUCCUACGCCAGCAUUAUGGCGGAGUCCUUCGGAAGGGCCGGCGCCACGGUUGCGCAGGCCUGCAUCGUCCUCAACAACGUUGGGAUCCUCAUCAUGUACCUCAUCAUCAUCGGUAGCAGCCCACCUCCACCGCUCGUAUAUCUUCUUCCUCAAUCGUCAUGCUUCCACUGAUUUCGUCUGCGUGGGCGUGAGAGCAGGGGACGUGUUGUCGGGGAACCAGUCGGAGGGCGCGGGACACCUGGGAGUGCUGCAGGAGUGGUUCGGCGGCCACUGGUGGAACUCCCGCUCGGCGGCACUCCUCUUCACCCUCGUCUUCGUGUUGCUUCCUCUCCUUCUCCUCCGGCGUGUAGGUUAGUGAGACGGAAGACCAGCGCUUCACUUCCCUUGCUUAUCGAGGAAUUCUCAGCAGAAGUUGAUGCAGAUUCUCUGAGGUUUUCCUCGGCCGUCUCGGUUUUCCUGGCGGUGGUGUUCGUCGCCAUCAGCUCCACCAUGGCGCUCUACGCGCUCUACAGAGGGACAACCAGGACCCCCAGGCUUCUGCCAGAUUUCAGCUCCCGGGCCUCCUUCUACGAGCUCUUCACCGCCGCGCCGGUCAUUGUCCUCGCCUUCACCUUCCAUUUCAACAGUGAGUACUCUCCAGAAAGCUUUCAUCCUCCCGUCGACUCAAUCUCGGACUGAUCUGGCCCAGUCGUCGGGUAUUCCCAGUUCAUCCCAUCAGGGCGGAGCUGCAGAAGUCGUCGGACAUGACGAAGGCCGUGAGGCUCUCUCUGAUCCUCUGCUCCGUCAUCUACGCCACCGUCGGCCUCUCCGGUUACCUCCUCUUCGGGGACGCCACCAUGGCCGACAUACUCUCCAACUUCGACAGAACCUCCGGCUUCGACGUUCCCCCGCUGGUCAACGACCUCGUCCGGCUCAGUUAUGGUCUCCACCUCAUCCUGGUCUACCCCCUUCUCAACUUCUCUCUGCGGAUCAACCUGGAUGGGCUACUCUUCCCGAGAUUGCGGCCGCUGCCAAACGACGACACCCGCUUCGUCUCUAUGACGCUCGGAUUGGCGGCACUCAUCUACUUAGCUGCCAUCGGCAUCCCCAACAUAUGGAUCCUGUUCCAGAUCUUCGGAUCGACGACAUCCGUCUGCCUCUCGUUGAUCUUCCCGGCCUCCAUCGUCCUUAGGUGACGACCGUCUGCGCAUAAAGAUUUCCGCUUUCCUCUUCCUCUUUGGCCCAGCUGAGUUCCUCAUGCAGGGACGUUCACGGCAUCGCUUGCCGGCGAGACAAGAUGAUGGCCGCGACGAUGAUCGCCCUGGCGGCGGUGACGAGCGCCAUCGCUAUAUCUUCCAACCUUAUCGGCUCAAUAGAUAGUAGGAAGUGA